AGUAAAAAAAAAGUUCAACGUAUCCAUUAUCAAGUUAAGGAUGCAAUUGCAGAAUUCGACUUUAUUGAUCUAAAAUUUAAACCAAAUUUGGAAAAUUAUAAACCAGAUUCUUAUAAAAUCUGGUUACAAAAUCUUAGACAAUAUAUUCUUAAUCUUGUUAAAAAACACUUUAACUUGUAUCCCAAAAUUCCUUCAAUGCAGAUGUACCAAUACAAAAUUCUCAAUACAAAAAAAUAUGUUAAGAAUAAUUUUCUUGAAAAUGUGAAUGAUGAAAAUAUUGACCCAGAGCUUUGUCAAUAUUGUAAAUCUAAAAUAAGUGCAUUAGAACAUCUUGUGAAACACUUAAAUAAUGAACUUAAC